AUGGCUGAGAUAUACCCUUCUGAUCCUAAAGAAUACCCUUCUGAUUCUAAGAUAUACCCUUCUGAUCCUAAGGAAUAUCCUUCUGAUCCUAAGAUAUACCCUUCUGAUCCUAAGAUAUACCCGUCUGAUCCUAAGAUAUACCCGUCUGAUCCUAAGAUAUACCCUUCUGUUUCUAAGGUAUACCCUUCUGAUCCUAAGAUAUACCCUUCUGAUGCUAAGGUAUACCCUUCUGAUCCUAAGGUAUACCCUUCUGAUCCUAAGGUAUACCCUUCUGAUCCUAAGAUAUACCCUUUUGAUCCUAAGGUAUACCCUUCUGAUUCUAAGAUAUACCCUUUUGAUCCUUAG